AUGAAGUCGAUUAAAGUCACUUUCGUUCUCCUCUCCCUUGUGAUAUUACUAUCACUCGUUUCGGCAUACUCCCCUCCACAGAACACCGGAAUUGCCAUAAGAGCAGACUCGUCAUCCGGAGAUUCAAGCCAAACAGGCAAGCCGACUCAGACGAGUCAGAGUAACAGCGAGAGUUCAGGGUCAGGCAGCGGAAGCAGCGAAAACACUAGUGAUAAGCCUACCCCAACUGAGAAAGAUGGAAGCUCCAAGACAAAUGACAAAGGAACGAAGACGACCAAAAAGCCCACGAGCACCUUUGUCGACCCCCGAAAACCACCUGGUGGUAUUGUUAUGGUCACACCUGGCGUCUUUGACCCAUCUACUUACGUCAAGAUCGGAGACAAGGCUACCUUUGCGUGGAAUUACACUUCUCUCGUCAUAACGCCAUCUGCCGUCGAUGUCGUUGCGUACUGCCAGCAAAACGAUCAUUACUACACCAUUACUUCCAACAAGACGGUGGAGGAAACUGGAAGGGUUGUCUGGGAUACCGAACCGUAUAAGACUGCUGGUGUCCGUCUUCUAGUCGAACAUUAUACUCUGAUUGUACACGAUGUCAAGCGCGGUCCCACUGACCCUGCACCAGCCGGUGAGCUGGGAAACUCCAGACCUUUUAUCUUCGGAGUCUACUCCCCCCACAGCGACCCUAAUCUCAGAAAACGAGCCAUGGGCAGCGCAGCCAUCUCCGCCACUGAGCAUCAAGCUCUCUGGUUCAUGUUUGGCAUGGUUGGAAUCACCAUUGCCUCAUUCACCUGGUUUGCCAGCGGACUAGGCCUAUUUGCUUAA